CCUGGUAUCCCUGGUCCCCCUAGUUGACUCAAGUGUUUCUGUUAACAGUGAAACUCUAAAUAUGAAUGAGGAGGAAAGAGAGCUCUCUUUGAUGACAGCUCAGUUUGAAGACUUUGUCAUACAGUUCUUGGAUAGGUGUUUCGGAAUAAUUGAUGACACUCGGUUAGAGCAGGUGGCACCUCUAGAUAGACUGGUCUCCACCAGUCGAAGUUUUAACCAUGAGGCCAUCAUGGGUCUUGGUCUGUCUGGCUCCAUGCAGAUUGUUCUCAAUCAGUGCUCUCCCCAGAUCUUUCAGGUUGCUGUGGAAAAGAUUCACCGAUACGCCACUGGACACGUGUUUGAGUCUGAGGUUGCUGGGAAAAUGUGUGCGGACAUGUGCUCAGCAGCAGCUAAAGUAGAUCCCGUGUCAACCCUCAAGCUGUUUCUGCCGUAUUGCAUCCAAUCUAUUGAGACUGUUCUAUCUGAUCCUGAACAGUUUGAAGCAGAACACCCUGACCACGAUCUACUAUGGAGUCUUCAACUCCUGUCCAAGAUUUUGCAGAAUGUCGGGAGUGCCAUGCUUCCUUUUGCUGACUCUCUGAUAGCAUGCUUGCAGAAGUGUGUGCAUCUCAAGUCCAAGAGUGGCUCCAGUGAUGCAGCAAAAUCUCUCACCAAUAUGCUGGUGAGUCUGACCAUGACGUACCCUGUUGAGUCUUGCAGCACCUGUGUUGGAUUCUCAGUGUCCCCUGAUGACCACAACUAUAUCAAGGAUUGGGCUGCUCCUGGAGACAUUGAUAAUGUGAAAAUGAAGUGGCAUGUCCCCACUUUGCAAGAGCUACAGUUGGCAGACACACUCCUCCAUGCUUUUCUCAAGCCUGAAAUUGAGCGAUUGAAGUCGUUUGUGGCUGGCCAACAAGAUAUGGACAGAGACACUCUCCAUCAGAGUUUACACUUUGUAGCAGCACUCAUUAAUGGGGUGACUGCUUAUCUUCCGGGAUGCGAGGGGCAACAAGUUGAGGGAUGCCCUGUCAGUGUGGUCGAGUUAAAAGAUCAUCAUUUUCGGACAUCAGCUCUGAGUAAAACUCCACCGGAAGAGUUUCAAAGAGAAAGGCUCUUGUCAUUCAUCCACAAGCUCUCCAAUCAUAUUCUUUGUUUUUGUGAUAACGACACAAAAAGCAUGUUCACGCUCAUCAAGGUUACUGGUACUUUGUUGUCCAACUUUGGAGUGAUGAAAAUUGAGUAUGAGGGCAAAUGUCAUGCAUUUGCAUUGUCAAAAUCAUCCUUGAUGGAUCAGCUGAGAGGGAGAAAAAAUGGCCUGAGGACCUUGAUGAUUGCCCGAGCACAGUUACAGCAUGAGCUUCGCCUGACAGAGCACACAAUGAAAACCAUGACUCUGACCCACCUAAUUGCUCUCAGGGAUCUGGUCAGAUUCUCUGUAUCUUCCUAUGCUGAGGUCAGGAUUAGAGCACAAAGGACGUUGUCAGAGAGUUUGGACACAUAUCUGUACUCUUCGAGAUGCAUCUUGCCUGACAUUCUACCCAUGCUCAUUAAGAGUGACCAAGUUAGCCAUGACCAAUUUAAGGGUGCACUCCAUGUUGUUAUGCUACCAUCCGUCAUUGGUACCAUCGUUCAUGAUUGGAAGAUCCUCAGAGACACACUGCCAAUCAUUGUCAAGGCGGACCACUCCGAGAAACCAUCUAUUCUGAACUUGAUGAGUACGCUUGUGAAGGCUUUAGUGCAUGGAUACGAGUACUUCACACUGAGUUUCCAGAUACCUGACGGUUGCCAAGAGAGAGCGGUAGCCUUGAGUGGGUCAGUUGUGUCUCUUGAUGAUAGACAUUUGGGUCACCAAACAAUGAUUGCCACGUCUGCUCAGGCUAUCAGUAUCUACAAUGAGCUAAUAGAAGAGCUCGUUCAACUCCAAAGUGAGAAAUUGCAAUGGCGUCAUUCUGAAAUGGGUAUUCGGUUCUUGGGCCUGCUGAUUCGACAUGAUCAUCCUUUCCCAGUGUCAGGAGUGAAGCUUAUCGUCAACUACCUAACUCAUGACCUACUUUCUGUUCGAAAGAUUGCUCUGUGGGCUAUGCCACUUCUCUUGCAACUGCAAAAACGUCCUGUUAUCAAAAUUCCCGUGGAUAUUGCUAAAGAAAUGAAAUCCUCUUCUAGAGGUUCUGGUCAAACAUCUCACAAAAUCGGAGAGAGGGAAAGCAUAAAAUGGCUCUGUUACUCCCCUGAAAGUGUGCCCAAGAACAAGGAGGAGUGGGACAGUUUCCCAUUCAUUGAUAAGACCCACUGGGGCUACUACUGCUGGCCAAGGACAUUGUUGACAACAGCUUCCAGUGAUGUGCAACCACUGCUAGCCAGGGCUCCUGAUCAACUGUCACAGGAGGAGCUUGUUAUCUAUGAGGCCUUCCAUUCUCAACACUUUGUGGACAAGCUCGUGCAAUUUUUGUCCCUGGAAGAGGUUAAAGGGAAGGAUCGCUAUGACUACCGCAAACGCCUUCUGUUUAAGCACCUGUUUAGAAACUAUGGUGAUUCCUUCCUUUCCCUCUUCCUGCCUCACUUGGAGAGACUGGUCACUGACACACUGGAAAGCAGUCAGCGCUGUGCCAGUGAGAUCAUAGCUGGAAUUGUCAGUGCUAGUAAGAACUGGCCAUAUGAAAUGAUUGAGCCAAUGCAAAAGGCCAUGGGGAAACUGAUAAUGCGAGUUAUCGAGGAGAUCACAGUAGAGACUGUGAACGACUGGGCCAGUUGUCUCACUGAUAUUUCAGCAAAUCGAGACCCACACAAACUUCACUGGCUGUUUGAAAUUCUCAUUAAGACUCCUCUAGAGGGGAAUAGCGGGUCAUUCAAAGAUUCAAGUCGGCUGUACCUGCUUCAGUCUGCCCUUGCUCAGCAAGAGUGGAGAGUGCCUGGACUGCUGCAACAGGUUAUGGAAUACCUUAAUUCUCACCUUGCUCACUCCUUCAAAAAUGUUCGGGAGAGCGUCGGAUCGUUAAUCUCACAGUCCCUUGUGUGUGAUCUGACAGUAUGUCCAGCUUUGUUCAACCCUUGUGCUGCUGAGUUUGUGGCUAAAUUGCUUCCUCAGUUGCCCUCCAUUCAGCAAACAUCUGCUCUGACAGGAAGCGAAGACGCCCUGAGAUUGUGUAAAACAGCUUUAACGUUUUUCGUGAAAUCCUACGAUCUCUCUCACGCUGAAUACUUCCAGUUGCUAGCCAAGAUGCUUCCAUUGAUAACUGUUGAAGAUGGAGAAAUACGACCUCUUCUACUGAAGGUGUGCUCUCUUCUGGCUCAUGUCAAACUCAGGGAGAGUUCUGCAGCUUCAGUACUGGAGUCUCUGAAACAGGGACUGGUGUGUGAGUUGUGGAAGGUCAGGGUGUUGACCCUUCAAGUGCUACAGGUUUUAGUAUUCCAGAAUCUCUUCAUCUUUGCUGCUCUCUGUUUAAACAUUGCAGAAUUGAUACUGAAAUUGUUUGAAGAUUCCCAAACAGAGGUCCGGGAACUAGCAGCUGCUUGCAUAAGUGGUUUCGUUCGUUGUGGCUUUCUUUCCAACAUAGACAAACUUAAAGGUUACUUUAUGAAGCAGUCACAGUGUAUUCUGCCACCCAAGGACAAAGCCAAGUCUGGUUUGGGAGACCAGUAUGAAUUGCAUCUGAUGAAACGUCACUGUGGAGUACUGGGACUUGCUGCACUGGUGGAAGCAUACCCUUAUUCUGUACCGAUGUGGCUUCCUGAGGUCAUGGAUGAGCUAGCCGUGCAUCUACAUGACCCAGCUCCCAUUGCUGCCACUGUAAAGAGGACAAUGUCUGAGUUUCGGCGUACCCAUCAUGACAAUUGGAACGAUCAUAAGCAGAAAUUUUCUGAUGACCAGUUGGCGGUCAUGACUGACCUUCUCGUCUCACCUUCCUAUUAUGCGUAGUUUAUUUUUGUGGCAUUCCCACAUAGUAUAAAACAAUAUUAUUGUAUAUAAUAAUGAUGUAGUGUUAGCUGUAAAAUUAUUUCAAGAAACAUAAUUAUAGUGUAUAAUUUUGAACACUCUGAAACUAUAUAAUUAUACAAAAAAUAAUUAUCGUGUGAGAAAGGACAUUAAUUAAGAACGUGA